CCACCCUUUUUGAGUUUGCAUCCAACCGUUCUUGACGCAUAAUUUCACACUACUACUUCUUCAUCGUUUCCUUUUAAGAAUAAUAUUAGAGAUAAUUAAAACAAGGGGUCUCUGAAAUUGUAGCUUCAUCCUUGACCAAAGAUGGCAGAAGAAAGUACAAUUAACCAGUUGAAGUUUGAGAAAAUUGAGCCUGAAGAUGUUGAUGAGAAAGCAAAUCCUAAAGAGAGGUUAACCAUCACAAAAGUUCCACCUAAGAUUCUUUCACGUUAUCUAAGUGGUCCAAAAGGUUCCUGCCAUGACAUGUGCAAAUAUGGCAUUCAACAUGAAGUUGAAGCUAAACCAUGGAGUCCAGCGAAGAAAAGGGUUACCAAAAGGGAAAGUAGAAUCAAAGUUCCUGAAGAAAAUGUAACUUCUUUGGCAGGGACAAAGAAAUCAGGAAGCAGUUCAAAGUCUUCUCAAGCUUCAAAAUUUGAAAAGACCAACAGUCCUGUUUACAUCAAGGAAGUAACGUAUGAAAAAACAAUCCCUUCUGGGAAAAUCUCACCCCCUUUUGAAGAAACAGAUAUUCGCUUGGAACAUAACAACAGUGACCUAAAGCAAGCACAUUCUGAGUCAUCUCUCCCAGUGCAGGAAUGUUCUAAAAGUCAAACAAAAAGGGAAAUAGUGAACAACCAAAGUCCUUCUGGAUCAAGCAGCAGAAAGAAAACUGAAAGCAGAAGCAAACAGACAAGGACAUCUUCAGCUGUAUCCAAGGAAAAAUCAACCCCUCUAAGUCCUCCCUUGUCUUCAAAACACAAUGUCAAGAAACCUUCAAGCUUAAGUUCCAAGAGUGCCAAGAACUUGACAAAGGUAGAUACCUCUUCUUUGAAACAUCAUGAGAAUGUUCAAGAAGUCAAACCUGAACUAGCCACCAGUGACAAUUUACCAGACAAAAUUUUGCACAUCAUUGAACCUACUGCAAAUUCAUCUGAGGAACCAACUCAGGCUUGUGAUGAAACUGAAUUGUCUCCACCCUCACCUCCAUCAUCAGAGGACAAAAGAUUGAAGCAGACCAGCAAGAAAACUAGCAAGUCUGGAGUGUCUGCAUCUUCAAGGAAGGACCUCAGAUCUGUGGCAGGGAACAAAGGCAAGACAAAUAUACUUCACAGAACACGUGCUUCGCGAUCACCAUCAGUGUCAUCAUUUGCUUCCUCAUCAAACUCUUCCCUUGUAAAACAAAACGGUGCUAUUUCUAAGUCCAACAAAACUUACAAAACAGUACAUGGUCAUCAAGGCGAAAAUGUGAAGGUGGUAUACAAAAUCAGGCCAAAAAUGAGCACCAUAGUUGGGGCUGCAAAUAAGGUUGUUACGGCCAGGAAGUUAACUUUUAGAAGAGGAAAGGUGAUUGAACUUAAGCCUCAAAGCAACAACAUCCCAAGGAGACUCAAAUUCAAGCCAGCACGCACUCUUGGUGAUGACAAAAGGAGAGAUAUAAAUAGUAGUAGAAAAGGGACUGGUACAGAUAAUAAAGUUGAUGAUAGUGGUGAUGUAAAUGCUGCAAAUAUCAAGCCUGAGAAAGUUGUGGGCAGACUCCAAGUUGUGGAAGGAAGUAAAAGGAGAAUUGUUGGUAGAAAAGUUGGUGGAGAAAGAAGCAAGAUAGAGGGUUCGAAAUCAGGAUCUGAGAAAGUGGUUUUGAGGCAUCAAAAUGUGGAGGGGAAGAAACAUAACCCACGUUUGUACAAUAAUGUGAUUGAAGAGACUGCAAGCAUGCUUGCUGAGUUAAGGAAGAGCAAGGUUAAGGCUCUAGUUGGUGCAUUUGAAACUGUGAUAUCUCUUGAUUCUCCUAGAGAAGCCACACCCGCAGAAGUGAGCACAGCUUGCUGAGUCACCUAAGGCAUGUUACAUAUUCAACUUCAACAUAUAAUUGUGUUGUGUAUAGAGUGAUGAUGUAUAUUUGGAACAAGAAGGAAGACCUGGUUCUGAAAGUGACUUUGGCCUUAAGAUUUGGCCUUCGUGAAUCUGUCACUGCUUGUGGCUUGGAUUUCUUAAGCUCGUGUUGUUAAUGUUGCUUUCUGUGUUUUACUGUUUUCCUUUGUGUCAUUAAGAUUUGGUGAAUGAAACGAUUUCACUGGAAUGUGUCAAGGUUUUAGUUGUUACUAAUAUAGCGUUUCUGCUUUGAAUUAUUUUGAUAUAUAUGCUAACACCGUUAUAUUGUUGUGUAAGUGGCUCAACUUUGCGCGCUGUUUGCGUAUUUAUUUAUGGUUUUUUCAUGUGC